AUGGUCGCCAUCACCAACAUCCUCAUCACUGCCUUGAGCCUUGUCGCGGUCGCCGUCGCGGGCGAUAUGUACCUGUACGACUGCGCCAACUGCAAGUGCGACGCGAAGAGCCAGCGCACCGGCUUCAGCGGGGACACCGGGUGCAUCUCGAACUUUGGCGGUGCCAUUGCGGCUGGCCUCACCCGCAGCGGCUCGCGCGCCACCACUUGCUCCUACUUCUCCGACUCGGCGUGCUCCCAGCAGUUCCAGAGUGCCGGAGUCAAUGGUGGUCAGACCUGGGGAUGCACGGCCGCCAACCAGAGAAUCCAGAGCAUCAGGUGCUACUACAACGUCUAG